CUCUUACAGACAGUGCGGCGCCCCCAGUGUCGCGUCUAAGCAGAGAAUUACAGUAACCCGGUUUUCAGUGAUGAGUCAGAGUGCGUGGUGCUGAAGCUGCUGCCAUUUCAUCACCUUUGCGAGCACAGCAUCCCUCCCUUACCGCUCCCAGCGCUUGGGCCUACCUUGCUUCCGGCUCCCAGGCCAGUGAUGCACCGUCGGCCGAGCUAGAUCAGGGCUAAGCCACGCUCUCCAAGGCCUUGGUGGGGCGCCCCCUCCCGCCGCCCCAGCCGUGGGCCAAGGAGAUUUGCCUAGCUGCUGCCAUGGAAGCCAUCUGGCUGUACCAGUUCCGGCUCAUUGUCAUCGGGGAUUCCACGGUGGGCAAGUCCUGCCUGAUCCGCCGCUUCACGGAGGGCCGCUUUGCUCCGGUUUCAGACCCCACCGUGGGGGUAGAUUUUUUCUCCCGCUUGGUGGAGAUCGAGCCAGGAAAACGCAUCAAGCUCCAGAUCUGGGAUACUGCGGGUCAAGAGAGGUUCAGAUCCAUCACUCGCGCCUACUACAGGAACUCAGUAGGUGGUCUUCUCUUAUUUGACAUUACCAACCGCAGGUCCUUCCAGAAUGUCCAUGAGUGGUUAGAAGAGACCAAAGUACAUGUUCAGCCCUACCAAAUUGUAUUUGUUCUGGUGGGUCACAAGUGUGACCUGGAUACACAGAGGCAAGUGACUCGCCACGAGGCCGAGAAACUGGCUGCUGCAUAUGGCAUGAAGUACAUUGAGACGUCAGCCCGGGAUGCCAUUAAUGUGGAGAAAGCCUUCACAGAUCUGACAAGAGACAUAUAUGAGCUGGUUAAAAGGGGGGAGAUUACAAUCCAGGAGGGUUGGGAAGGCGUGAAGAGUGGAUUCGUACCAAAUGUGGUUCACUCUUCAGAAGAGGUUGUCAAAUCAGAGAGGAGAUGUUUGUGCUAGUCAGCCCUUUUAUUUUGAAAACAUGCUCUCCCAUUUAAACUUAAAAGUUAUCAAAAUAAAUAGAAUCCUUAUGUGACUGAAGAGAACUCAACCAUUGAAUACCAAGUGAGUCUCCUUCCUGGGGUGGGGGUGGGGGGCUGGCUCUGACAGGCUCAGGUACAGGUGGAUGGGGGAGACUGGGUACUGUGACUGGGGGACUGAAUUGCUAGCAUGAGCUAGGCCACACACUUUUGUGGCCCAGGCUUGGCAGUGGCUGCUACAUGUGCCCUUUGUGGACUACAUGUUAAGGGUCUGGAGUUUGAGAAGCUAGGUUCCAGGAAAACAUACCUACAGACAGAACAACUGUUCCUUGAUAUUUCAGAUCACUCACGGGUCAUGAACAUAGAGAAAUGUGUAAAGGGGGAUAACUACCAUAACUAAAAAGAAUAUGAGGUCAACAUAUUUAAUGAGAAUAUCCCAAGUAAAAUGUUUGGCUUCUAACAGCUCACCUGUAAACAAGGGGCAUGAUCAGCCCCUUUAGUAAAUGCUAAAGCCCUUUCAAGGUCUGGUAUUCUAGUCAAAAUGAUCUAAAUGUGAAAAAGGGAGGCGAUUCACAGUUACCACAUUCGAAAAGAUAUACACUGUUAUGACAGAGCUACCAGCUGCAAGAAAGAAAUUAUCUCAUGCAAAUUACCAUAGAAAUAGAAGAAAGAAACAGUGUAACCCCAAUGCCAAACCCCUUCCCCUUUGACUCUUCCUGGGGUUUCUCUGCAAUCUGGAAGUAAGCACCAUGCCUGCUCCUUGACAAUAACAACAUCGGGAUUGUUUUCACAGCCCUUUGAAAAACCCUUGCUCAGCUGUCCUGUACCGAUUGGUUGCCCAACAGGAGGCACUGUGACCCUUAAAAACACAUCCCACUUGCUUGCUCUACUUAUUUGAUCAUAUUUAAUAGGCCUGUGAUGUUUUUUUCUCCAUUUUACAGAAUAGUAAGCUAAAAGCCAGGACACUCACUUGGCCAAGUUGUCAAGGGUUCCUGCCUGAUUCUGAGUUCUUGUCACUGUCAUCAUGCUGUCAGAUCAGUAAAUUAUUAAUUUGUUAGCAUUGGAAGACACAUGCCCAUGAAUAAAUGUUCUUUACAUGCUAGGAUAUGUUUUCCUUAUGGAUCAGAAGUCCACUAUAAUCCUGAAGAAACUUGGGGAUGAAUCAAAGGUAAAACUUAUUCAGGUAUUAAUGACAACAGAGCUUCACACAGGUGAUUCAUCACACAACUAAAAACACAUUCAAAUCGUGUGAGCUCUAAGAGUUCUUAUCACUGAAACACAAUGGGCAUUUUAUUGAAAGGAGCUAAAUAUAACAAUGGGGAUAAAAUACUCACACCACAAUGACCUUGGCCACUUGUCUGCCAUGUACCAAACACUGGGUUCCUGUCUACCCUAGAGAGUCAGCUCUUAAUUCUCAGGUGAACAGGCAGCUAACCAAGUAAAAGAAAAUUGGAAUGACUGGCUCAAAGGUUCUGUUAUCUUCUUGAAGAGAGUGAUGCUUAAAACUAAUUUUUCGGACGGUAGCCAGUUCAGCUAGCCAAAGCCAUACUUUUCACAGUAAGAAAAUACUCUGAUUUAGUCAGGUUUCUCAUAUCCAUUGUGGUAGGAAAACCUAAAAACUGACACAUUGCUUUGUAAUAACGUGCAUUAAUGUGACUGAAUCUGCUUCAGCCAGAAUAAGAAAGCAAAAUAACAAAAAUAUGAAAGAUCAUUUCGCCAUUUGUGUCCCAGAUUGGAUAAGCAAACCACCUUGGACCAAUUUACAUCAGCAACUACAAAUGAGCUGAUCACUUUCUCUAUAUCCACUUCCCACAACCUGGCUUGGGUGAAAUAAUUAAAAUGCCAGCUUCUUGUUUAUAGAAAAUAAGUAUAAAAAAUGGUUAAUUGAGUCAACACAAACUUUCAACUAGUAUACUUAUGUGUAGAAGAUUCUCAAAGCAGGAUUAGUACUUAAAUGAAAGUUGGCUAGAUUCUUAUCCAUUCAAAAAAAUAAAAGGACAGAAACAAAAUCUCUAUAGUUUUCUUGAUUAAAAUACAUUAUAUACUUUCCUAUUUCUGGCAUUUUUAAAGCAGGUUUAAAGCUAUUCAGCAUAGAUACAGCAGAGGUGGCUGAACUUAAUUAUUUGAAUAAAUUCUACAAAUUUUAAAAGUCAUUUUAGUAGAAUUCAGUGAUGUCACUGCAUUGAGUUUUAGAAAAUAAGUGUGAAAAAAUCAGAUGUUAAUAUAAUACUAAGGAUAAAACUUAGAAGUUAUUUUACUACAUAGGUAAAGAAAAGAUUAACUUGUAACAAAGACCACAACUGCAUGUUGGAUUAGAUUGUCUUAUCUUCCAGAACAAACUGUACUAUAUACUUUUCCUCAUUGUCAUGCACUGUAAUGAAAUGUGAAAAUUCUUUAUUUAGCUGUAUGUGAAUGAAAAUAUGCUUGUAUUUAGUAAAAUGGUUGAUUAUGUGGACUGUGA